AUGAUACCCAGUAAGCUCCUCUCCAUCCUCGUGUGCGCGUUCCUCGUCGCCCAGGCGUUACCAUGCCUGGCUUCUCAUAGCGCCGCAUCCCUCACACAACGUCGCACACUCCCCCAGCGACGGUUCCUCGACGAAAACGAAGACCCGUACGCCGACCUGUACGACUAUAAGGACUUCCCCACCGACGACGCGCCCGACGACGGAUCCGCUCUGGUCAUCAAGGGUGUUACAGACGAGGACCCUGAUGGCGAUGGCGAUAAUGACACCGACGUCAGCGACAGCCGCGCCAACGGUCUUCUUCCGCUCGGCACUCACGGCGGCAGGGUGCCGUACCCCACGAAAGACCCGGCCCCGCCGACGAGUGAUAACGAUACGGACGCCGGGCGCGGCGUGGAAGGCAUUGAAGGGGGGAGUGGCGUGUGGAUUCGAUCGGCUUCGUUUCGCGCCGCUCUCCUUCCCCUCGUCGUCGCCCUCGUUGCCGCGGCGACAGACGCGUCGCAUCAAGCGACGGAAUCGCGCAAAUCGCUCGGGUUCUCCCGCGACGAUCGUGAUCGGAUCAACGGCCCCGAUCGCAACCCCGCGUGGGCCUCUCUAGACUCCCUAGGAUCGUUGCACUCGUUACAAUGGCGCGGGCUUCAAGAAGUCGAUUCGUACGGUCACGUCGAUCCGUACGGUUACGAUGAUCCGUACGACUACGCAGACUUCCCAACAUCGGGCGGACCUGUUGGGUACGAUCCUUCGCAGCUGUUACCAACCGCUGUAACGGUCGCAGACAACAGUUCGCAGAGCAGUAGUCGCGGAAACGCGCUCAUGCCUCUCGCAAUGCACGGCGGCAACAUCCCAUACCCCACCGGAGAGGUCACCGCGCCGCCUCAUUACACAGAGAAUGGCGACCGUGUGGAAGGGGUCGAAUGGUGGCGCGGGCACGUCCCCGGCGAUAACUCCUCCCUCGCGGCGCCCUCGCCGGGUUCCGCGCCGUCUAAUCCGGCGUUCUUUCCGCAGCUGCCCGGGGCGGAAGGCGGGAACAGCAGCAGCAGUGCGCAAGAGGAACCACCCGCUUGGUGGAUGGGCGACAAGGGUCAGGCGGGGAGCCCGGGCGCGGGGGCAGCGGGAGGCGGAGAACAAAACGGGGUUGGCGGAGGGCAAAGCGGAGGAAGCGGAGGGAACGGGGGGAAUGCGGGAAGCACGGGGGUUGAUAAUGGUACCUCGAGCUCUGGCAGUAGCAACAGCAGCAGCGGCAGCACCGUCGACAGUACCGGCGGCAGCGGCAGCGGCAGCGGCGGCAGCAGCAGCGAGGAGUCGUCGUUCAGCAUCAACGGGCUGUCUAAAAACGCUUCGAUCGCCAUUCUUGCGGGUUUCUGCUUCUGCGGAUUGCUGCUGAUUGCGGCCAUGGUGGUUAUAGUGCGUCUUUAUUUCAUAGGCCGCAAAAAUACCGCCGCCGCCGCCGCCGCCGCCGCCGCCGCUGCCGCCGCUGCUGGCGGUGCUGCGGAUCCCCAGCUUGUGAAAAAACUGGAAGACAAGGAGUAUGAUGGAGACGAGGAGAGUGGAAAUGCAGCAGCCUUGGCGGGUUCUAGCUGCUGUGGCACGACGGAAAAAGGGGCAGCCGCGGAGAAGCGCGGGGAGGGCGAGGAGCGCGAGGAGCGGAGCGAGCAAUCGCGGGAGCGCUGGGGUUGGUUCGCUGCUUCGUCUGCUUGGCUCGCGGCUCUCCUUCCCCGCGGGAGGAUCGCCGCAGCUUCGUCCGCUUCCAGUAGCAACUCCCUCAAAGGCCGCGUGCGCGUGUGCUCGCCACGUGCCAGCGUGAGCCAGGCCGGCGCGCACCGGUCCGACGUGGCGUGGCAGGCGGUGCCGAACCUGGACCCGCAGCUCGGCGCGGUGUGGGAGGAUCCCGAAGCGGGGGCUAUGGGCGGGGGAGGUACGGGGGAGUCAUGGCAGGGGAGAGUGGAAGUAGUAGAGGUGGUGGAGAUAGAGAAUAUUUUAGGAGGGGAAGAGGAAGAAAAAGGGGAGUCAGAGGUGACAGAGGAGAGGGAUGAGAGGGAGGAGAGGCAGGAAGACAAAGAGGAACCGUCUUUCCUUAUGUCUCCGUGUGGGUGGACUGGGUUCGGCUCGUGGUGGCGAGGACGGGCGAAUGCAAAGGAGGGUUUGAAGGAGAGUGGGAAAGGAAGUGAGAAGGGGAGUGAGAAGAGCGAGGAGGGCGAGGAAGGGGGUGAGAAGGGGAGGGCGGAAGGGAAUAGUGAUGAGCAUGAAAAGGGGAAAGAGGGGACGAGUGAAGGGAGGAACUGGAGUAACAGGGAGAGUGUGGAAUCUAGCGUUGAGGAGAGAGAUGGAUUGAAUGGGGCGGAGGCAAAGAGCGAGCGUUGUUAUAACGAGGACAAUGAGCAAGGCAAGCAUGAAGUGGGCGCAUGGAGAGGCAGCAGCGCCAAGUGCACUGGUGCAGCUGCGGGAGGCGCUCUUCGCCAACAGGGGGUUACCACAGCAGUGGCGAAAUGGGCGGGCGUUCGCGAAAUGAGUCUCAAGGAGGUGCUGGCGAUGACUGACAACUUCGCACAGGCUCGCAUUCUCCACGAGAGGCGCUCAGUCGCUGUCUACCGAGCCUGCUGCCCAGCCUCGGGGCAGGUCUGGGCUGUGAAGCGUGCCAAGCUCUCCCUGCUGUCUCCCUCCCCAACCUCCCCUGGAGGCUCGGGAAGCGGACGAUCGUCAGAAGGGGAUGAGGAGAGGGACGAGGGGAGGGGCAGGGGAGGAGCAGCGGAGAAAGGAGUAGACGCUCUAGCCGCUGCAGCAGCAGCAGCAGGAGGAGGAAGGGGAGGAGGAGGAGCAAUAGCAGCAGCGGCAUCGCCAGAGGCAGUGGUGUCGAUGACGGCUGAGGCGUUCGCGGAAGCCGCCAUGGCGCUGGGGCGCAUGGCGCACCCGCGCCUUGCGCGCGUGGUGGCGUUCUGCCGCGAAUGCGCGGAGAGGAUACUCGUGCUGGAGAUGGCGGAAGGGGAAGCGCUCUCCGCCGCGCUCCAUUCCGCCAUUCCCCCGCCGCCGCUUGCAGCUCCGCGGGCAGUUGCGCACGGAGCGGCCCUGUCGCUCCCCCAGCGGCUGCAGGUCGCGGCGGACGUGGCGAGCGCGCUGCAGCACCUGCACGCGCAGCUGCAGGCGCACGAACCCCCCAGGCGCAAGGAGCGCUUGUAUUCCCGCCUGCUGCUGCUUCCUCCGCGCGCGCACGGCGCAGUGUCCGCGGAAAACGUGAUUGUGGACGGGGAGGGGCGCGCGCGGGUGAUCGGCGGGGAGCAUCUGCGCGCGCUGCUGGUGCAGUCGGUGGGGGUCGGGGGGGGUGGGGUGCGGGGACUGGAAUGGGGGGAAGAGGAAGAAGAGGAGGAAGAGGCGGAGAAAGCGCACAAUAAUAAUCAUCAGAACCAGCACCAGCAGCGGCAGCGGCAGCAGCAGAGGGAGAGGGAGCGGGGAAGGAGUCAGCGCGAGGUGGUAUUCGAUACAUCUAGCGAUGGCGCAGCAUACGCAGACACGUGGCAGCAGCAGCAGCAACAGCUGCAGAACGCGUCCCUAUCCCCGUGCCUGGAGCCCCACGUGGCUGCCACGGUGGCAGGUGACGUGUUCAGCGUGGGCGUGCUGCUGCUAGAGCUCGUGACGGGUAGGCGACCCGUUGUGCGCGGACAGAGAGACCUGCGCCUCGCUGCCCUCGCUGCUGCUGCUGCUGCUGCAGCAGCUAAGGGUGCAGGAGGAAAUGAGGAGGCAGCGGGAGCAGGGGGAGCAGGAGGGAUAAGGGGGCGACACCCAAGGGAAGGGCCUGCUGAGGAGGGGCGUGAGUCGGAGAGUGAGGGAGGGAGUGAGGCAGAGAGUGAGGAGGAGGAGACAGCAAGCAAACUGUCCCUCUGGUCCCUUCCCUUGGACAAAUCACCUCUCGCCCACCCCACCUCUCCCACACACCAACCCACACCCACGCCCAUGCCCCUUACCUCGCCAUCCUUCCGCUGCUCCUCCCGCUCUUCUCCCCCGCACCACGAGCGCCACUCGCCGCUCCAUAUAGUCACAUGGGUUCAGAUGCUUCUGGAGGGCGGGGACCCACGUGUGAUUGUAGACCCGGGUUUGGGCCUCUGGGCUGAACCGGAGAUCAGCGGCAGUGGCCGGGUGGUGUGUAGGGAAGAGAGCGAGGUGAGUGGGUUGGCGUCCUGUGCUAGUACAAGCACCGCCACGACGGCUGUUUCUGGUGCUGCUGGCGCCGGCACAGAUUCCACCUUCACCAGAAGCACCCUGGACGAGGGGGAGGAGGAGGGCGAAUCUGGAGCAACCGCGGUGAGCUCAUACUCAGGGGUUACUCAGAGCAGCAGGAGCAGCAGACGCAGCAGCGCGGGUUCUGCUGCUGCAAGCAAGCUCUUUGCGUGGUCCUGGAGAUCUCCAGUUGUGACCGGGAAGUCGGGAAGGGAAGCAGCAGCAGCAGCCACAAAGGGAGCAGCAGCAGGAGCAGCGAGACAGGAAGCAACAGGAGCAGGGAGGCAGGGGGCAGCAGCGGGGUUGGUGAGUGCGGCGGUGGAAGCAGCGUGUGUGGCGGCGGUGAGUGGAGUGGUGGAGCUGGCACUGCGCUGUGUGCUGCCUGCCCCUACUGCACGCCCGUCCAUGGCCCAGGUGGCCACCGCUGUGGAGAUGCUCCGCCUGGACCUGCAGGGGGAACUCGUCGCUCUCGGUGCUAAUAGUGGUGUUGGUAGUGCUGGUGCCGCCGCUGAUGCUGCUGGUGCUGCUGGUAAGGAGAAGUGCUGCGAUGCGGAAGGGAGAAAAGCUGGCACGGAUGAAGUGACAGUUGACCCCUCCAUGGACCAGGCGGCCACGGCAUUGGAGAUGUUGCGGCUGGACUUACAGGGGGAGCUUGUUGCUCUCGGUGCUGGUGAUGGUGCUCGUAGUGCUGCUGGUGCUGCUGCUGGUGGUGCUGCUGGUGGUAGUACUAAUGGAGCUGCAGCAGUGGAAGGGGCCGUGCCUGGCAAGGACUGCAGGCUUACAGGGAACGCGCCUGCUGAUGAGGUCGUUUUCGAGCUGUCGUUCAAGCAGCGCAGCCCUGGGGUUGUUGAUGCUGCUGUUGCUUCCCCACUGCCUGUUGCUGGCACCCCCAUGCCGAAACUACACCUGGACUCAGAGGAAGAGGAAGAAGACGAGGAGGAGGGGGAGGAGGAGGAAAGCGAUGAUGAUGAAGAAGAUACUGAUGAGGAUGGGGAUGAGGAGGAGGACGAGGAGGAUGGUGAUGGUGAUCGGAGCGACUCAUACGAGUGUGAGAACAGCCAGAGCCAGAGCUUGAGUGCAGCAACGGCAUCGGCAACGCUGGCUGUUGUGAGUGAGAGCAUGAGCGGGGAGUUCGGUAGUGGGGCUGCUUAUGGCGAGGACGAGGCGACGAGUGGGAAGAGAAGGGGUUGGUUCAGUGCACGGGCGGACUGGGAGGGGGAGGUGACGUCUGGGGAGAUAGAGGAGGAGGAGGAUGGGGAGGAGGUGCGGACGAGGUGA